AAGUAUUCCCAACUUAUGGAGCAAAUCUCGGAGAAGCAUCAACUCCAACCUCCUUUCGUUAUAACCGAUGGAGCAAAAGUGAUCCAUCUUUCUGGUUUCCAAUUACAUAUUUCCCUUUACCUCUCCUUAUUCUCACAUAUCAAAUGUUUUGAGAUAACGGGAAAUUAUAGCAAAGAAAUGCAUUCUCCACUCACCAUCUUCACUCUCAUACUCACUGCCUCAACACUUCAAUUACUGCCUGCCCUCGCUCUCACUUCCUGCAGAACCUCCUGUGGCAGCAUUGAGAUACACUACCCCUUCGGCGUCGAUGACGGGUGUGGGGCGCCACAGUUUCGCGGCAUGUUUAACUGCAGCAAUGACUUGUUCUUCAUAACCCCUUCUGGUAGCUACAAAGUCCAGCACAUUGACUACGAUAAGAAAACUAUGGUGGUUUACGAUCCUGCCAUGUCUACGUGCUCCAUUCUUCAGCCUCACCAUGACUUUAUCAUGACUGAAAUACAAUCUUUCAUAAUCCCUCCAACUCCAGACACCGUCUUUGCUCUCCUCAAUUGCUCUAUUGACUCUCCAGUUCUUAACCACUACAAGAACCUCUGCUUCAACUUCUCUGAACACUCCUGUGACGAGCUAUACGGCUCCUGCAAUGCUUUCAGAGUCUUCCAUUUGCUUACCAACAGUUCUCCGCCUUGUUGUUUUACUGGGUAUGACACGGUGAAGUUUAUGAGCAUGAAUAUUUUGGACUGCACCCAUUACACUACUGUGGUUAACGUUGAUAACUUGAAGGGUAUUGGGCCCUUGGAUUGGGUAUAUGGCAUCAAACUAUCUUUUAGCGUGCCAGAUACUGGAUGUGAGCGGUGCUCACAGUCUGGCGGUACUUGUGGAUUUGACACAGAGACGGAGGGAAUGCUGUGUCUAUGCUCUGCUUCCAAUAAUGCUACGAGAGAGUGUGCCGCAGGCAGUGUCACAGCAGAUGAUGGGAGAAAUCAUUAUCCAUGGAAAAUUUGUUAUACAUUUGUGUUGGUUUUGAGUGUUUUAAUGAUUCUAUGACCAUGUUCGUUUGAUUA